AUGGAAGAUAUUGCAAAUAUACGAGUGUAUUAUAACGGUGAGAUUAUAUCGAAUACACACGAAGGAGUGAGUUUUGUUUGUGAAUGUCCAUUUUCAUUUGCUAUUCCAUACAGCACGAGUUUUAUAGAGUUGCAAAAUGGUCUUUGUGUGAACAUAAAAAGUCACAUUUCGAAAAGGGUGAGCAACAUUUUGUAUAAGAAUCCUAUGCAAGUAUUUGGUGGAUUGAUACAGUUUCAAAUAAUGUCCAUCACUGACGAUGCAAGCAUGCAGCAGAUGUUCUAUAUUUAUCAACAAAUCCGAUUUCAUGUGCCAGUGAUAGAGCUGUACGUUGAGUUUGAACAGCAGUCGGGGAUGGGUACGAUCGGCGACGAGGUCAAUGUUGAUGAGCUCCGGGAUAUAGAUUGGGAAGAAGAAAAUAAUGACAGCAAAGAGGAAUUCGAAGCUAACUAUGAAGUCGAUGACGAAAACGAUGACGGAGACUUGGCAGACAAUCUGGCGGUGCAGAAUGAGGCGGAUGCCAUUGUAAGCCAACACCCGUUUGGUGUGCCAUCUUUUAUGCGGACUCUAGAUCUCAAAGCCAUGCAUGCCCCGGAAUUUUCUGAGUAUGCGAAUACGGGUGAAGGCAACGUUGCGGCGGAAGAUGGCGAGUUUAGUGUCGGAAUGGAAUUUGGUUCGAGAGAGUCGGUGAUAUCUGCAAUCAAAAGCUACACCAUCUCUAGAGGAGUUGAUUACACUGUGUAUGAGUUUGAGCCGCAGACAUUCUAUGCGAAAUGCAAGGGGUAUGGUGCAGGGUGCGACUGGCUUAUCCGAGCUAGCUUGAUUCGAAAAAAAGCUUGUUGGGAGAUCAGGAGAUACAAUGACAAGCACACGUGCACCAUGGGCACGAUUUCACAAGAUCAUGCCAAGUUGGACUCAGACACAAUUGCAGAUGCCAUUAGGCCGUUGGUCGAAGCAGACCCCUCGAUAAAGGUGAAGUCUGUUAUUGCAGAAGUUCAAGGCAGGUUCAACUACACUGUGACUUACCGCAAGGCUUGGUUGGUAAAGCAGAAAGUUGUCGCAAAAGUUUUUGGUGAUUGGGAAGUUUCUUACCAGACUCUGCCAGUAUGGUUGAAAGCAAUGACAGUGAAGAUGCCAAGGUCUCGUGUUCAAAUUAAAACGCUACCCGUUUACCGUGAGAGUGAGGAGGUUCAAGGUGUAAGAGUUCUUCACCGCGUGUUUUGGAGCUUCUAUCCGUGUAUUGUAGCAUUCAGACACUGCAAGCUACUGGUGCAGGUUGAUGGCACGCACCUGUACGGAAAAUAUAAAGGUGCACUUCUGGUAGCGGUUGCACAAGAUGGGAAUCAGAACAUUGUGCCUAUUGCAUUUGCGAUUGUCGAAGGCGAGACAGCAGACGCAUGGGAUGUGGGUAUUAUUUCUGACCGCCAUACCUACAUCGACGCUGCAAUAGCUCGCAGUAACGGUGCAUGGUCACCACCAAGGGCGUGGCACAUGUACUGCAUCAGGCACAUCGGGUCCAACUUCUUAAGGAGGUUCAAGGCUCCAUAUUUGCAUAAACUCGUGGUGAACAUAGGCUAUUCUAGGACAGAGCAGGAGUACAACAAAAACUACCAAAGGCUUAAAGAGCGGCGUGAGGCAUAUACUCAAUGGUGCGAUGAGAUCGGUGUUGAGAGAUGGGUGUUGGCAUUCGAUGGUGGUCAUCGUUGGGGUCAUAUGACGACAAACUUGGUAGAGUGCAUAAAUUCUGUCCUGAAUGGUGCACGCAACCUUCCUGUGACUGCCCUUGUCCAGUCAACUUUCUAUCGGUUGAAUGAGUUGUUCACUCGGAAGAGUACCGAAGCUCAUGAGCGUCUUCGCAACGGAUUCACGUAUUCAGAAUUCGCAACGAAGAGAGUUGAAGAAAGCUUCCGACGUGCAGGAAACAUUGUGGUCAACCGGUUCGACAGGCGCAACGAGAUGUUUGAGGUUCGCGAAAUGCAAGAUGGUACUAUUUACACUGUUAACCUUGCGCAACGACACUGCGACUGUGGCCAUUUCCAGGUCGAGCGACUUCCAUGUCGCCACGUGCUUGCAUGUUGCGCCAACCAGCGUCUUGAUUGGCAAGUGUACGUGCACAAUGUGUACAAGAUGUCUGAAAUUUGCAAGGUGUACAGAGGCGAGUUUGUUCCAAUGGGUGACCCAUCUACGUGGGAUAGAUACGAAGGAGCGAAGGUGAUCGCCAACUGGACAUUGAGGCGCGCGACGAAAGGAAGACCGAAGUCAACCCGCUACUUGAAUGAGAUGGACUCGCGUGAUAUGCGUGGUCCUCGCCGGUGCACUAUAUGUGGACGCGAGGGACAUAGCCGCAGCCGAUGUCCUCAGCAUGCAGGUCCAAGCUCCGCUGGAGGUCAUUAG